AUGAUAUCGGUAAGUCAAGUUCUCAUUAUUAACAUGCUAUCUUUUUGGUAGUUAUUGGCUAAAGCGUAGAGAGGUUCUCUGUGGAUUUGUGUUACAGUACUUUACAUUUUGCCAUUUCCCCCCCUCAAAGGGCACAAGACAGCACAAGGGACCAAGUAAGGGUUGUUUUCAUUUUUGUGGCAUGGAGGGGGAGCGAGAAGGAUAAAUUUCUGGGAGGGUCAAGAUUCACAGCACUAGUUAUAGGCCUGCUCUUAGAUACUGUAUGUCCAAGCUGUAUAGCCUAUUAGUUACUAGUGUGUAAGCCUAUUGAACUCAGAAGGACAGACUUCCAGGUAAACAUGUAUAGGACUGAAUUGUGCAAGGAUUUUUUUGCAUUCAGCUGUAUUUAGGAAUCACAGAAAUUGUUAUUUACAUGUAAAUCUGCUUUUGAGAGACAAUUAACCUUUUGGUUUCAAGCUGAAUUCAGCAUCCUGACAUAUACUAGAAAUAUUCUAAUUCAUUCACAUAUUUUGCAGUUUAUUUUGUAUAAUUUAUAGUACUUUGGGAAUGUGCUCAAUUCCCAAGCAUCACAGAUAUUACUGUUACUGUUGUGUUCUUAUUUGUGUAGGUACUCAGAAUUAUCUCUCCCCCUCCUUUUUAACAGAACCUGGUUUUAGCAAUCUCAAAUCCUACCUUUACAACUAUACCGGACUCAUUCAGAUUGGAUUGGAAGAUGGGGAUUUAGAAAAAUCUGUCUUAAAACUGUCUUGCCAAGUAAAGAUCAGCAGAGUAUCCCAGGAAGACCACAUUCUUAAGGUAGAUUAUGAUAACAAUUUUUAAUUUUAGUGACUAAACUUACCUGUUAAGCUCUUUCUUUCUUCACCUGGAAUCGUGUGGCUUUGGUUGGCUGGCAUCCAUCUGUCUCAGGGAGUGUGCUUUCAGGGGUGAAGUUACACCAUACCAUUGGAGAGUUACAGAGCCUGCUGUGGCUGUAGAAACUGAUACAGGAGAGACUGGUUUUUUAGAUAGCUGGUUUGAUAGGAGACCAUUUGAUAGGAGUGGAGAAGGGGUGGGCAGCUUAAGCAUGGAAGCAAGUGUCUAGAAUCUCAUGAGAGGCAGGCGGAAACAGGUUGAAGGGCCCACCCAAAGCUCUUUUCUUAGAACAAAAAUGCCAUUGAUGCUUUUGUUAUGCGUAUUGGUAUGUAAGGUGAUAUCAACACAAGGCUAUUGAUUUCAGUGGUUCCACUCUGAAGAUGACUAACAUUAGAUAUCACCCAAUACUUUUUGGUUAACUUUUUCAGCCAAAAUAUACAGAUGUUAUCAAUACAUUUUCAUCCGUGAGGGAACUGAAGGAGAAUGGCUUAUUACAACUCACACAGAAACAAAACAUGGCUAGACUAAUGAGGUCCGUUUAUUCAGAAUAGCUCAGAAAGACAUAAGCAUCAGUGUAGCUACGUGGGAUCUUCUAGGAGAUUUCUGCUAAGCUAGUGAAAAAGAUGUGGACCAGCCUACCAAUGUCGGCACCUCCUAAAGAAUUAGAUGGCAAACUUGAAGACAAAUACAGAAGUUUGGUAGCUUAACACAAUUUUUUAUACUGGGGUGGACGGUUGAGUUGUACGUCUGGGAAACUGAUAAAAAGGGGGGAAAGUGGACAUGACAGCAACCUCAUCAAAUGCUUUAGAAAUGUAGGAGCUGUUUUUCAUUCUGAUAGGCCUUGUAAAAUUGAACAGAGCUUGUGAGGGUAAGCCUCCAUUAAGAGAGAGGGUGGAAUGAGCAACCAGAAACAGAUAAGGGGGACGGUGUAUGAAAGGCAGCAGAAGAGAAUAAGUUGCAAGGUUAACCAAAAUGGAGGACUCUUGUACCAGAGCACAAUGAAGUGUUUGCCAGCAUACAACAAUUUCCAGCAUUGUGUCAUAACACAAGGAACAGCGCUGAGGUCAUGAUGAACCCUACUCAGCAUACUAUUCUGGUCCCAACUAGAAGGAAGAAAUAAGGUUACUUAUUACAUAGUUAAUAUGUAAUAUGUAAUAACUACUUAAUACAUAGUUACUUGAGAGUAAGGGCCCACUCAGGAGAUACAUGUUCUCAGUUUUGGUGCCACAUUCAAAUUUAGGUAAAUCUUUCUCUCUUCCUUAUAUGACUCUUCUGUUGCUUGCAUGUAAAUAUUUUAAUUUGGCUCAAAUCUUCACUCUUCUGCUGCUUUUGCCCCUAGGUCCUUUCUCCACAGGUGGAAGAAUACAAUGGAAUAUGGCCCAGAGAUCCAACCUUCAAAACACCCACUCUCACUCAGAAGCUGGAUCUAUGUUUUCCUGAACCAUUUAAGUUUGAAUACAGAAGAGGUUGCAUCGGAAAUAUUUAUGCCCUUAAAAAUGUCUCAAUCGAGUGCAUAAAUAUAAUAAGGGGCAUCCUGAACUUGCUGCAGAUAUCUGUAAAUGAGAUGGAGAGUGUGUACGAGUUGCAAGAGGUAUGGGAUUUAUUUUUUGGUCUUUUCAGAUUCUAAAAUGACUCAUUUUAAGAACAAACAUUAGCGUAUUAGAAUCAUGUGUUGUUGUUUUUACAUGGGAACUUUCUGAAAGUGUCCCCCAGGGCUUGUUCCUGUGAACCACUUAAUUGCUUUCUAAUCACUUGAUUACUUAGCAAUUAAUGACUUGCAUCUGAACAAAAGUGAGCUAACUCCAUUAUGAGCAUUGUGUCCAAAAUUAUGAGUGGUGCUGCAAAAGCUCUUUCUGUUGUGUUUGAUUUAUCGUGGCUUAUUAAUACAUUAAAUGUGAUGCUGUAAUGAUCUAGUGAUGAACAUGAAUCAGAAUGCAGAACUAUAGGGUUGGAAGAGAUGUAAAGGACAUCCUGCCAAACUUCCUAGGCCAGCCUUCCUUUGUCUGGUAUAAUUCAGGUGUUUUGGAGAACUGCCGUUAGCUGCAACCAGCAUGGCCAGUGAUCAGGGAUGAUGGGAGUUGUAGUCCAAAAUAUCUGGAGGGCACCAGGUUAGGGAAGACUGUCCCAGACAAUGUCCUUAACCAACAUCCCUUUUGCAAUGACCGCUCCCCGCUUAAAACGGGGGGCGCCCUUUGCGUGGACGCGUGCAGCCCCUAGAUCUGGAGCGGCUCCAACAGCAUAGGCUUGGUUUGCCUUCCCUCAGGUGGGAUACCUGGAUGUCUCCGCCAACCUCAGUCAGUUGUCCAAUCCCACCUGGGGGAAGCGUUGCCAAGGAGACCAGGCCAGGUAGGGGAGGGAUUACCUGCCCACACAAUAGAGGGAGGAUCUUACCUGGGAAUCCUCACUUGGCUCCAGAGCUUCUCCCACCCUACCCACUCUCAGUAAAUGUCUUAUUUGCAGGUUAACUUUUCUUCACAGGUUUUGCAGGUUAACUUUUCUUCACAGGUAUGCAGGCGCUGCUGCGAUAAGGUCGCUGUUAAAGGGCCUGAAAGGAAUUUCCCUGCAUUGGCAGGUUUCGCCUUUCCCAUAGCAAAACGUCACAACUUUGGCGGUAUCAGGCCUUGGGCGGAAUCCUUUAGUCCAUCUUCCUCUUUGCGGCGGCGAUACCAGGGUUCCCCGUUAAAGGGGUUUAUGAAGGGAGGCUUUGACCGUACGCCGAAAGGUUGUCAUUGCUCUCCCCUGCGGCGGCGGCGUAACGGGGGCGGCUAUCUCUGCUUGAACAUAUGUUCUCCAGAGCCGGCCCAUCCCCCCCCCACUGGAUAACCCUGAUGCUCCCUAGGUCCCCGGCUGGGGACUGGGGAGGGAGAACGCCCAAUGCCUGAGCCAAGGUCUACCCACAUUUGAAAUUUAAUAAAGUUGUGGCCAAUUAAAUCCCAUAGCACGUUGUCAUGAGUCAUUAUUCCACAUGACGGGGGGACCGCGCGGGAUCUGGGGACUCCGCCUGUCCACGCAAUCUGCCGUGCCAACUAAAUUAGAGAGUGCCAAAAGUAAUGUGCUACUCCACACAUUUUCUAAAUCAAGGAACUUCAUUGUCUGAGUAGUGCAAAAAUAUCUGUGUAGCUUAUGAUGUGAGAUUAUUGCAUUACAUGCAAGUUUGAUCAAGAAGCUACUACACACCUCAGGUUUCUAGCUAUAUGUUGUUUAAUUGUCUUAGUCGUGUUCGACUCUCCAUGACCUCAUGAACCAGAGUGUGCCUUGGAAACUCUCACUUCUCAAAGCUUCUCCUUUUUCAUGUCCAUGGAGUUUUCUUGGCAAAAUACUGGAGUGGUUUGCCAGUUCCUUCUCCAGGUGGAUCACAUUUAGUCUAAACUCUUGGCUAUGACCUGUCCGUCUUGGGUGGCUCUGCACGGCAUAGCUCAUAGCUUCUUGGAGAUAUUCAAGCCCCUUCACCACGACAAGGCAGUGAUCCAUGAAGGGAUUCCAGCUAUAUAGAAGCAGUGAAAUAAACAUAUAUGUAGUGAUCACAUAUGAUGAGUGGCUUUCACAUUGACCAAUGAACUUUCAAACCUUGAAAAUGAAAGCAAAAUCUUCCUAGUGAGUUACAUCUGGGGGUGGGGGAGAAUUCAACAUACUGGUAGGUUUGUCGCAUAAAUUAUGCCUUGUCCACAAUGAUCUCAUUGCAGAUAAAUUGAUUUCAAAUGAAAACUUUCUCCAGAUUGGGAUCAAUAUCACUUUCCCCAAGUUGCACCCAUCUCUGGUACCUCAAGAGAACCAUGGGUGAAGAAGAACAUCAAAAAUGAAAUAAAUUCCUUCCCACUCAGCCUAUCUAAAUAUCUAUUGCCCUGCAUUGCCCAUGCUUACCUAUUCCCAUCCUGAAAACAUAUGACUUUACUCACUUCACUCUGAUGAGCUUAGUGUGCCUUGUUCAUUCCUGAUUUCUCCUUUUAACAAACUGUAACCUGAAUUAUGUGGGUUAAUAGGAAGUGAGGGAGACGGUUAUGUAGGGCACUGCAUUGCUAUGGUGCACAAGACUUUCCGAUCUUCCUAGGACCUAAGAUUUUGUGAUUUCAUUGUUGUCCAUUGCUCUUUGCAGGAUGGAGUUGGAGGAACUUGCCUCACCAAGUACAUUGUCCAGGAGGACAAGGCCAAUAAUGUAAGCACCAUUUCCCGAACCAAAGACCUCAGCAACUGCACAAACAAAGUUGUGAAGAACAUUGGAAUGGCCUAUGUCCGGCCUUGUCCUACAUGUCCUUUGGUAAGGAGCCUUAACAGCAGCCAUUGAUGUAAAUAUUCACAAUGGAGGUUGCUUCAAAUAGUAUAAACCAAGUUAAUUUUAAAAGAACUUGAUAUAAGCAGUUUAUUUGUCCUUCUUAGAACAUCACAAACACAAGAGGGGCUGUGGCCUUCAACUACCGACUAAAAUACAUGGAUACCGGAGCCCUGAUCACACACGUUGACUCCCGGCAGGUGUAUACUAUCUCCCCAUUCAAUGAAGUUGGUAGUACUGCUGUUAUGGACGCAAGGUAUGUCUGACAUGGUGGUACAAUCAGAGCAAGGGACAAGCAUGUCACCAGAAUUGUGGAUUGGUUUGCACAUGCAUGCACAUCACUCUAUUGGCACAUGAUUAGGCUGUGCUUGCUGACUGGUAGCUGAGAAUGGGAAACCCUUCAAAAGUGUUGUGUCUAAGGUGAUGUCAGGGGAGAUGCAAGUGUUUGGAGUGUUUGAUCUGUGAUGGCUGCAGCAUCACAUGAAAAUAUCACUUCAUUCUGUGGUCAACAAGUGACGACAACAUUAAAGAUAUGGCAGCUCUCCAAAUGGUUAGCUGAUUUUCUCUUGAAGUGAGAGAACUCUCAAGGUCAAGGACAGCCUAUCUCCGUAUAAACCGUCCCAGACUCUGAGUUUAUCAUUCCUUUCUGCGUGUGGCUCCUCCAUGUGAGGUCCAGAGGGUGAUAGCACGAGAAUGGGCCUUUUCUGCAGUGGCUCCCCAUUUGUGGCCUGCUCACCAUCAUUAUAUAUUUUUAGGUGCCAGGCAAAACCAUUCCUCUUCAACCAGGCCUUGGGCUGAUUAAUAUUUAUAUCCUUUUAAUUGUGUUUGUGGAAAAGAGGGGUUAUUGUUUUGCUGUUUUGGUUAAAUUAUUUACUUGUGUUUUACCUUGUAUUUUAUUCUGUGAACCGUCCUGAGAUCUUUUGAUGAAGGGCAGUAAUAUAUAUAAUCAGUGUUUGAUGCAAUGCUGGAUGAAGAAUGCUACCUUGAAGCAGCUCUUAUAGGGUUUGAAACAAGAGUCUGAACCCAGGACUUUCUUCAUGUGAAGCAUGAGAUCUACCAUUGAGCUGCAUGUACAGGUUGUAGAAUCCUAAACUGACCAAUGCUUUGAGCCCUCAGACUGGGCACCAUGGUGAUGCUGAACACGGGCUUCUCUCAGUCAAAGUGAAUGCAUUUCCUUUCUGUCAGAAUCUAUAGACUUCAACCUUAAUCCUUCUUCUCAGCGUUAAUACAUGAAUUUAUUUCUUACCCCAUCCAGACAAAACUUGACUUUGAUCGAAACGACAACCAACCAAGACAAAAUGCCAGGGAACUUGCUGCAAAACUACGGAAAUAUUCAUUAUCAGUUUCCAGAAGACCUUCCCCAGAUGGCUCUGCACCUAAUAAAGACCGAUAACCCUGAGCCACGGGUGAGACGUUUCGCAACAGAAAAUGAACGGAAGGCCUAGAAAAUGAUUCUAAAUAGUCAAGAGGGGAAUAUAACCAGUGCCUUUCGCCCUCUGUUUACCUUAUAGAUGGUGAAAAUGCUGGAGUGGCUAAUUCAGGAGAGCCAGCUACAACUCCAUCCAGAAACGCCAGCCAAGUUCUUAGAACUUAUUGAACUUUCCCGAGCAGCCACCUCUGAAGAUCUUGAAUCUCUCUGGAAACAAUUUGCAGAUAGACAGCUAUAUAGGUAUUUGAUGCUGUUAAUGUGCAACCCGUGUUUUUAGUUGGCACGGCCAGCUCUAGGUGUGAGUGGGGCCUCAGUGUAGUGCCCUCUAGUGGGUCCCUUCCUCUGUGCACUGGUAGUUCUUACUUGACUCGAAUGGGUGGUUGGAGGUCAUCAUGGGUGCUCUCUGCAAUUUUAAGCAACUGAAAUGGUGGCUUACUAGUCAGCAGAGUGCUGAAAAAAGAGGGGACCAAGGCAGCCAUCAAAAGUGGGCUCCGUGGGGCACUGGACGUUGUCCAAGGAUGCCAGGUGAUUAUGCUGAUCCUACCAGUCAGGGGAAACAGAAGAUGACGAUCUCUCACCUUGCUUUACAGGCGCUGGCUCUUGAGUGCAGUUGCUGUAGCAGGAACCACCAAUACGUUUACAUUCCUGAAGCAAAGAAUUCAAGAAGAGUCUCUCAGUUCCUUGGAGUCUGCUCUCAGUCUUACUUUGGCCUUCCAUUUAACAAAAACCAGUAGCCUUACCUUAAAAGCGGCAGCAGUAAGUAUACUGUUUAAUGUUACCCACUUCCCUAAGCAGUAGGGAGCUUCAGAGCAGCAUUUUAGUCUCAGUUUUUCUUCUGCCUUCAGUGAAAAAGAUCACAAGAGUAUAAAGCUUCCUUUGCUUUUGAAUAAAUGAUAUGCAAUCAGUUUUAAUCAGUUUGUAAUCUCUCCACUUUUUCGAGGUGGUUAAAGCGUUUGAAUAAUCUUGAGCCUCAGAUAUUGAGAUUUACCUCAGAAUUAAUAUGCUCAGCAGCCCUAAACAAAUUACUGAAAAUAAUGACAUUGUUUCAAUGCUGUGUGUAAUCCUUUUGUUCCCAUAUAGCUAGUGUUUCUUCACAGUAUCAUUUUCUAGCUUGUUUUUUGCACUUGCUGUCCUUAUUUGCUGGCACUACCAUUUGAUACAAUUGGUAGUGGUGUUGACCCAGAUGAUUUUGUUUAUGGGGUCCAUGAUGUCAUCAUGGUGGUGUGACGUCAUUGGUUGUUACGCCCCAUGUGAUCUUGCUUCAAGUUGCAUAGGGAAACAAGAGCAAAUCAGUGAAGGCAAGCAGAAGAUGUAAAGUGGUGCUGAAAUGGACAGUGUCAAAGCAAUAUAUGUUUUCGUUGGGUGUCAGAAUAGGGUGUGCUUUUGACAUUCUCAGGAAUAAAUAUGUAAUGGGACCAGAAGUUGAGAUUUAAACUAUUGCACAAGGCCCGUCUGUGUAGUAAAGCUUAUAGAUAGCAAGAUGAUUGGUUUUAUCAUCAUCAUCAUUACCUGUCCUUCAUCCUUCAGUCAAAGUUACAACAAUUAAAAAAACUAAAUUAAAAAUUAUUUUAGAAGCUUACAAUUACAAAAAAAAAAGCAAUCAGAAGAAAUAAGGUGGUUCUGAAAACACACAUCUCAGGUGUCAAUGGCCAGGGUAAAGGAGGUGUGUCUUCAGCAUUUGCCCAAAACAUUUCCUGGUUGCACCUCUAUGGAGAGAGAAUUUCAAAACUUAGGAGCUGCCACAGAAAAUGUCCUCUCCCAGGUCACCACUAUCUAAGCUACUGAGGGCUGUAGAACUACUUACAGCAUGGCAUCUGUAGGGAAGGAGGUAGUGCUUCAGGUGACUUGGGGGUCUGAGAAAAUUGUAGGAAGGGCUGAAAAAUCUUUAUAGUGGGUCAUUAUUUUUGGUUUCAAGCUGUAGUUCUCUGUACCGGAGUUAUUAGUGUAAUAAUUUAUGUAAGCCUCCUUGAGCUCUGGGAAAAGUGGCUCAGAUAUAUUUCAAACAAACCAAUGGUUCCAGCAAAUAUCCACAUUACAUUGUCUUUGUUUUGGCUUCUGCAGGAUCUGAUUACCUCUCCUGGAGUUCAGAAAUCCUCAGCGCUUCGCAUCGUCGUUGACUUAGGAUAUGGUGCCAUGGUAAACAGGCACUGCACUGACUUCCGCCCCUGCCCUGCUGAAAUUCUUCAGGUAACAAAGCAGUGUUCACAUUUCCUAAAAGUGUGCAAAAACCUGCCUGCAGAUUGGCGCCUUGGGUUGUGGGAAUUUGAUUGGGACUCAGUUAUUCCCUGACUUUCGCACAUCCUAAACGUCCCAAAGCAGCUCUCAUCUACAAAUGCACAUGUGCAUUCUGAGAGAAAAUGUGUUUAAAAAUAUAUAUUUUUUCUAAUAGGGAUUCAAGUUGUGAGUUUUGUGUGGAUGAACUGCUAGUUGUUUUGCUGUUCUUGAGUUCCUGUGCAUUCCACAUAGGCAAACAUCACCCCUGAGCUUCCUAGGAAAGAUCAGCAACUGAACGAUUAACAUGAGACCCUUGUUCUGUUUCCAGCCUCUCCAUGAUCUUGCAGCUGGUGCAAUCAGCGAAGGACACGAGGAAGACAUGGUGCUGGCCUUGAAGGCCAUGGGCAACGCAGGAGAACCAGCCAGCAUUAAUUACAUCAAGAAGUUCUUGCCAGGGUUUUCAUCAACUGCUGAUGCUUUGCCAGAGAAUGUCCAGACCGAGGCAGUACUAGCCUUGAGGAAAAUAGCAAGGAAGCAAGCCCCAGAAGUAAGCAAAGCCAUUCUUAACCAAAUAAAUGGGACGCAGAGCAAAUGUCAGGUGUAAUCUAAGAUAGGGGCCAGGAAGCAUGCACAUUAACGUAGGGCACUGAACCGGGGUUAUCAGCAAAUGGAUGCCGUGCAGUGCAAAUUAUUUUGCUAAAAGUGUAUUUGCUUAGCAAAGGAUCCUCCCAAGGGCACAUGAGAGGCGUUCACUGGGAUGGUUGCGUGGCCUUCUGAGAGACCCUUUCCUACCCUCUCUCACAGAAAGGUAACAUGGCGGCAAGCAGGAAGUGCAGUGCCUUGCAAAAAGGCAUUUAACUGCUUGUGUCACAGGUGAACUUUUAAUCUCUGAAUUGCAUCCGAAGUGUCAAAUCAUGGGCUGCUACAACAGUACCAAUUUCUGCAAAACACUGCAGCUCAGAUGUAGGAGGGUCCUAUAACUGACUAUUAUAGAUAUAUGCAGUGUUUUUUUCUUAAAAAAAUGUUUAGGGAUACUCUCAUUUUGACUCAAGAAAAGCAUUGUUUUAUAGUUCAAAUCAGGGGGGAAAAAUACAGUAAAUGGACAAAAGUACAAAGAUUCACAAAAUGUUUAGGGGUAUGCGUCCCCCUGUGUCCCCCCAGGAAGAAACCCACUAGAUAUAUGUGUGUCUAUUCUCCAAAGUUUGCAAAGCAGUUCUCCAGCCAAGUCAUGUGUACAAAAAUGUUUAUUCUGGGGAUAAAGUGUGCAUAAAAAUGCAUAAAUUCAUGAAAAUCACAUGCAAAAAUGGAUUCUUUUAGGGAAAAUUGCUCUGCAAAACUUGUAUAUUAGGCAAAAUGCCACACAAACAUGCAUAUUAGGAGAAAUUUGCACUAAAAUGCUGGUGGAUUUUCACAACAUGAUGUGGAAAUUGUGGAGAUUGGAAAAACGUGAAAUUGACAAAUUCGCCCAUUUCUAGUCAUAAGGCAGCUUUCUACACUGGUACAUAAAUUAUCGUUUAACUUGUGGCAUUGUCCUUUUUCUCUCCAGGUGCGGGGAAUUCUCUUUCAGAUCUUUGCAAACAACUCUCUUCCUUCUAAAGUCCGGAUGGUGGCCUGUGUUGUUUUCUUUGAAACCAAACCGGCUGUCCCUCUAGUGACAGCUUUGGCCAAUGCCGUGCAAAGGGAGAGAAAUCUGCAGGUUGCCAGCUUUGCCUAUUCACACAUGAAGGUCUUGGCCAUGGGCAAGAUUCCACAGCUCUAUGACCUGUAAGUAGAAGGAGAACUACAAACAAGGGAGCCUAGUAAACCAGCACAGCACCAAGAGUUUACUGGAGCUCCAUUGGCCUGGUUGCAAAAGCCCCGUGCAAGCAAUUGGUUCACACCUCUGGCUGUUUGGAAGGGAAGGGUCUUUCAGAAAGAGAGAGAGAAAUAGGGUCGGAGAGAGACGAUUGGUGGUCAUUCACUUUUUUUUUACUCUGGUCCCACCACCAGCAUGCAGCCCCCCAAAUGUUACCCCCCAAGGGAAAGCGGCCUUCAACAGAAAUAAGGUUCUAGAUCCUUAACCGACACAGUCAGCCCACCCUAUGUGGUUGGAUCCUGAAUUGAUUUCCCACCCUAUGUGGUUGGAUCCUGAAUUGAUUUCCCACCUGCACAGCAUCCGCUCACGAAAAAGUAGGCCAGGGAGCCGCACUGGACGCAUAGCCAAGAAAGGCACCUUCUCAAAGUCUGGUGAGCACUUGCCCAGCUUUGGGAAGGAGGCAUGAGGGUUCAGACAGGGCCCUAGAGCCCUCCUUCCUCCUUCCCAAAGAUGGGCAAGCACUUACUGGCCUUUGGGAAAGAAGUGAGAGUGCUCUAGGACCCUGCCAGAACCUCACACGUCCUUCCCAAAGCCUGGCUUAGGCCAGCGCCACAAGGUCUGGGGGGAGGGAGUCAUGUGGCUUUGCACAGGGCAGCAUGUGACCAAGGUCCGCCCCUGAGCAGGCCCCAUGUGAGUGGGAGAACCUUUAAACUCCACUGGGGUCUUUAAAAACAAACAAAAAACAACAACGUGAAAGAUUUUGAUUUCCCUCUUGAUAAUAAGUAAACAUCUUCCUGAAAGUUGCUAAGUCUAUUGAAGUGUCUUAAAUACAGUGCUUUUUUCUGGAGGGACGCAGGGGUAUGCGUACCCCUAGACAUUUUGUGAAUCUAAGUUUGGCCUCAUUGAAGGGCAAUAUUUCAAUAUGAGUAGGAAAAUGAGAGUACCCCUAAACAUUUUUCAAGAAAAAAAGCACUGCUUAAAUAGGAUUAUGAUAUCGUUCCACUGCUGUCCCUUAGGUCUGCAGCUUGCAGAGUUGCCAUCAUGCUGCUCUCUCCCAGACUAGAGAAGCUGAGCAUUCGCUACAGCAGCGUCAUCCACAUCGAUGGCUUCUACCGUAAGUAACUGGUUCAGCUGCAUGAUUUCUUUUUUCCCUUUUAAACUGGAUUACUUGUCCUGCGAGAUGUUGCUGCUGUACGAAGCUCCACCUUUAUAUUUCAAGAGAUUAUGGCUGAAGCAUCCCAUGCUGUGGUUUGGUAAUAUAUUAAACGAGGAACUUAUGAUGAAGGGAGACUAAUGUUCCAAGUUCCCAUGUCAAUGUCACAGACUUUAGAUGGUAAAGUGUGAGGGAUCUUUUGACUUCACACCAGCACUCAUUCCUCAAACAGGUUUCCUUCCCAUCGUAUAAUCCAGCACAAACUCCUUAUCUUUACCUACAAAACCCUUCUGUAAAGCCUCUCCCCUUCCCAGGGGGGGCAGGGAUGCAGGCAGGCCACAUGCACUCCCUGCGUCGGGGGGGUGUGGCCUAGCCUCCCGCGUCACUGGAGGACCCAGCUGCGUCACAGUCCCUGUCCAACCUAUCUGGUCAACCAGGGGGCAUGGCUUACGCUAUUUAAACUGCCGCGUGGCUGGGGCGCUCUUCCUUCUUGCCUCCUCCUGUGUUGGAUCUCCCACCCUAGUUUCAUGUGUUUGCCUUUGGCCUUGCUAUGGACCACGGUUGGUUGCCUGUUUAGGGGGCCAGGUAGGAAUUUUCCCAUUUGGCAAAUUGGCACCAGCCAUGUGUUUUUCACCUGCCUCGUAGCAAUCGCCACAACUUUGUAAGGUUUGGCAGUUAGGCAUUGGUAAAACGUGGUUUAUGGGAGGGGAGGUAGUGUCCUUCAUCUGCCCCUCCUCUUGAAGGGUAUUCCGUUAAAGGGAUCCAGGGGUGUGGAUCCUGUCCAAAGCCCAGGUAUGGGCUAGGGCCAUGCCAUGACCCCAUCAGUGACCCUAGAGGAGCUCGCAGUUGAUGUACAUCAACAGGGCACCCCCUACUGGUGGUUAACCCUUAUGAGACUACCUGCAUGGUGGGCAGGAGUCAGAUAUAGUCAGUUCAGUUCCAAUGCCUAAGCCAAUACUGCUCACAUCUGUAACCAAUAAAAUUGUGGCCUUAAUUAUCCCAUUAACCCAAAAUAUUGGUGUCUGUGUGUUUUAUUUUCCAAGAGGUGGGGGAGGGCCCAGGGCCUUGCCAUGCAAUAUAUCUCCCCGUACCAGGGGCGCCAUCUAUGUGGGGCCAUGGGGGCCAUUUUCAAGAAGGGGGCUAAGCCCCCACAAAAUUCUGUAGCUAUCCUCAAAAGGGACAAGUAUGCUUGGGAUGCGGCAGGGCAAAACGUCUUCACAUCUAAAGCCCUAAACAACUUGGGAUCAGGAUGUAUAAGGGAUCACUUGAUUCUCUAUAUCCCUGCCUGGGAACUGCACUCCUUGGAUGAGGCACUGCUGAGAGCACCAUACGUACUGGGAGAGACCCUUGCCUAAAACCCUGGAGAGCUGCUGCCAAUCAGUGUAGACAGAACUGAGCGAAAUGGACCAAUAGUCUGUCUCGCUAUGAUUCCACUUGCUGUGUAAUUUGCAAGUGAGUAUAUCGAAUUGCAUCCGUCUGUGUGAAACAAAUCCUACAACGAGCAGCAAACAGUUUUUAUUUAUUUUGUAAAUUCCUAUCAUAGGAAAUUACAGAGCUGGUGCAAUUGGAAGAGUCUACCUAAUGAAUAGUCCGAAGACACUGUUUCCAUCAGUCCUUGCAAAGAUGAGAGGCUACUACGCCACUUCAGCAAUGGAUAUUGCAGAGGUAAGUACAUAUCAGUGGAAAAUGGUAUGUAAUUCCUUCUUCUAAAGCUACAAUUUUAGAGGAAAAUGUUAGCUUUUUCAUUAGAUCCAACAUUAUGAUUACUAUUUGAAGGCAUGAAGCUUAAAAUUAAGGCCUCAGUUUUGUCAAUGGUGCUGGGAAUUGGAGCUCUCCAAGGCAUUUUCCAACCACACUCAGCACCCUUAACAAACUACAGUUCCCGGGAUAGGGGGAGGGGAGCCAUGACUGCCAAAGUGGUGUAAGAGUACUUUAAAUGUAUGGUACAGAUGUGAUGGUAGUCCAGCUACAUCAGGAGCGAUCUAAGCUAUAAUGCUGAGGGCCAAAUAUGCUUUGUUUCCAUUGCAUGCUAAUAUUCCUCCUGUCCCUAGCAACCUGCCAUGUUGCUUGCCAGGGGCAAGAAUGGUAGUUUAUCAUAAACAAAGGAACACUGCCGAGGAAAAUACUGUGUGUGAAGUAGGGAGGGAAGGAUUUAUCAAUUCCAGUUCUCUCAGUAUCUGAAAUUUUUAAAUCUUAUAUUCAAUUUUCCACAUUUAGCAGCAAUUUGCAGAUUAUUGUUUUUUUAAAACCCCAUGGAAAUUCACCAGCAUUUUAGUGUGAAUUUCUCCUAACAAACAGCUUUUUGUAUGCAGUGUACACAUUUUUGGAACGAUUUCCCCUAAUACAAUGCAUUUUUGUGUUAUGCUCACUGAUAUCUCAAUUUUUAUUCAUACUUUCCGCUAACAUGUGCAUUUCUGUAAGCAUUGUUAGGUUGGAAAACUGCACUGCAAAAUUCAUAUCUGCACGAAUUUCCAAAGAUAGCUGUGUUUCGGUUCUCAUUUGUUUUGAAAAGUGCAACUUUGAUAGAUUCAGCUUUAAAUAUGAACUGGAUUGAAUUUUUCCUCCACCCCUUGUUUGAAGGUUCCAACAUCACUGGUUUCUUCCUAUCUGGACUUCCUCUUAUUCCAAAUAGUCAUUUCAGUUGGUGUUUCAAUGCUUCAGUGUAGGGAAGGUAUUGAAAAGAAGUUACCUGAGAUGAAAUCGUACUGUCAAUGGAAUUCCUCCAAUAUCUUCUCUGCUCUGUUUAGUUUCCUCCAGGCCUUUUCUUUACAAAGAUUUACUAAACAACCUUUCUUCAUUUUCUGUUCUUCAGUGAUUCCGUGAUUCAUAGAUUCAUAUUUUUGCGCAUAUAAAGCUUAUUUACUUUACAUAGGUUCGUUUAGACCUGGAAGGCCUUGCCGAUAUCUUCAAAACACAAGAUAUUCCAUUUGCUGAGUCUUCAAUGUACAAAAAAAUUAGGGCGCUUGGGAAACUGGUAUGUGUGUGCCUUUCUGUUGUUGUUAGUUUGAAUCACAGUACAUUUUUAAUUGGAAGUGUGGCCUGCCACUUCAUUUGCUUUUUUAGCCUAACUUCAUCCCCACUGAAGGGGGUUACUACUGCCCUGAUGGAUCAAGCCAAUGGUCCAUCCAUUCCAGCAUCCUGUUGUCACAGUUGUCAUCCAGAUGCCAGUGGGAAACCUGUAAACUGGACCUGAGCACAACAACACCCUGUCCACUUGCAAUUCCCCAGCAACUGAUAGUUAGAGCCAUACUGCCUUUGGCAGUGGCCAUAGAACAUAGCCAUUGAGGCUAGUAGCCGCUGCAUUUUGCAUGCAUGGAUAUACGUGUUUCUGGAUGGUGCCGCAAACCACUCUUCCUCCGACCAAACCUGAUAAGUAGCUGAAAGGACAACAAUCCCCCAUCUAGCCUGAACCCUCCUAAGAGAAGUCAAAAGCUUAUUCCCAGAGCCAAACACUGCAUACCAUGUGUAUCUUGGCUUGAUCUCCACUACCCCAUGUUCUCACCAUUUGUUGCCGAAAUGUCCCAUUUAUCAUCCUUUUCAGUUGUUUGUUUCAAGAAGUUUCAGAGAACAUUUGUAGCAAAUAAUAGGUGUUUAGCUAGCAUAGGAACACAAAAAGAGCACUGCUGGGUCAGCCCAAAGUUCCACCAAGUCCUGCAUUCUGUUAUCACAGUGGCCAACCAAAUGCCUAUGUCAAACUUGUGAGCAGGACCUGAGUACACAACAUCCCCCCACAACAUUCUCCCCAGCAAAUGGUAUAUAUAGAGGCAUGCUGCCUCAGCCAGUGAAAACAGAACAUAGUCAUCGUGACUAGUAGCCAUGGACAACUUUUUCCUCUGUGAAUUCGUCUAAUCCUCUUGUAAAGCUGUCCAAGUUGAUGGCCAUCGCUACUGCUUCUGGGAGUGAAUCCCACCAUUUAACUAUACCUCCUGUGAAGAGUACAAUUCAAGUCUCCCAUUUUAGAGGAGUUGCAAACAACACAUUUUCAGACUUUCCCAUGGUGGGUUGACAGUACGUCUUAACAAUGAGAGUCAGUCAAUCAAUCAAUCAAUCAAUCAAUCAAUCAGUGACAACCAUGUGCAUGCACACGGAAUCUGUAGAUCUCCUCCUAUAUAAAUAAAAUGCAAGGGUGUCGUCACGCUGCGAUUCAUGCGACCAUCUAUUGGAGACUAUUUGGUGUGAUAGCAGACAGGGAGAUGAGCAAGCAGCAUGGGUGGCAGGUGGCUAGGCAAGCUGUUUAAUGGAGGGGGACAGGUGCUUCACAGAGUGGUUUGGCUCAGUCACCCCAAAGUUGGAGGUGUCUAUAAAUACAUUGUUGCAUCCAGGCACGCAGAAGGCAUUAUAGGUCAAUGAUAAACUCCUGCCAGGCAAAAUAAAUAAAGGAGGGUGUGGAGCAGGGGCAGUGAGGGGUAUGGAUCAAAGAAGGGUUAUGGCCUGGAGAGAGUCCCAAAGACCAGAUAUAGAGAGGCCCAGAGGUCCCUAGGCUUGCAGUUGUCUACCCCUUGUCCAAAGAAAACCAAAUGAGUAUGUUUCAAUUAGCAACUAUAUAAUUUCUGCAAUAAUUAAAGGUAAACUGACACUAUGUGAAACCCGACAUGACUAUAAGCAACCUCAAAAAAACCAAUUAUUUCUCUCUUGCCAGCUAAAGGGAUGGAAGGAACUCCCUUCAGAAAAGCCUCAGUUGUUCAGCUCUCUGAAAUUAUUUAGUCAUGAUAUUGCCUUUGUUCUGGUUGACAAAGAACUCAUUGAAAAGGCUGUGAAGGUAUGUUAAGUAUAGUGUAUUUUAAAAUGGGGUUUCAGAGUUUUUAGGGGUUUUUGAAUGUUUUAUGUAGUUUUUCAAUUUCAUUGUUCUGUAUGUGACAAUGACAAUAAAGAUAUCGUAUAUAUCAACUUUUGUCAGUCUGGAAGGGUGUGGAAAUACUCUCCAUCUCCAAUUGCUGAUUAACACACCUACAUCUUUAAUUUUGCUUAGCUUGUGACACAACCAGCAGAGAUGCUGACCACCCUGUUCCAAAAUGGCAUAACAGGCAGAUGGACCCAGCCCAUACUGGCAGGAGAACUUCGACACAUUGUACCUACCUGUGUAGGCCUCCCACUGGAACUUGGCUUAUAUAGUGCCAGCGUGGCAGAUGUUUCAGCAAAAGGUGAGCACUGGUACAGCCCCAUACCACCUUAGCUUUGUUAGUGAUCAUUGGGGAUGGUGGAGAGAUUCAGUUCAGCUUGCAUGAACCUAUCUAAUUUUCACUCUCAGAAACAGUAUGUGAAGUGGAAAACAGCUAUCCUUCAAAAAAUUGCACUUCUCCUGAUUUUGCGGUGUACUUCCCCAUCCAGAAAAUGUGUACACAGAUGUGCAUAUUAGAGGAAAGUGUGCCUAAAAAUGCACAUAUUCAUGAAAAUAACAUGCAAAAUGCUAUAUUAGCAAAAUAUGCAUAUGGGAAUUUGCUUGCAGAAAAGCACAUCCUGGGAAAAUAUGCACUAAAAUGCCAACAACUUUUUGUGAUUACACACACACACACACACUCAUACUCAUGCAAACUGAUGCAGUAACAUAGUGAGCUGCUGGAAAAUUAGAAACUUCAGAGAAACCAAUAUUGACAGAUUCACCCAUCCCUAGAACUUAGUGAACUGCUUAUACAUUUGUGAAAAUGAAAAUAUGCUAGCUGAAAACAAGAAAUCCAUGUCUUAAGUUCCUUUUUCACUUCAUGCUUUUGACAUUUAAUCACUCUUUUUUUACUUCCUGCAGUCGAUGGGAAGAUAUUUCCUUCAUUGACUAAUGACUCUGGAGCAGAACAGUUGCUUAAAGCCAGCCUGCUUCUUAGUGCUGACGUUAACUCAAGGUAGGCAUGAUUGCUGAUAUGAAAUUCGGAUUGCUUAAUUUUCUGAUGAAUGGUGAAAUUAGGAAGGAAUUGUUUACAUAGUCCAAACUGGGGUUUGGUAGUGCCUUGGCCUUCUGUCUUCUGUUCCAAAGAUGGGAGAUAUGAGUCACACUACUGCAAGUUUUUCAAGUGGAGCCACCUGGCACCUGGGAAUGUCAGAUUGCAGGUAUAGCGGACAGCACUAUACCUUUAUCAAAGAAGAAUAUUGCUUUGUGCUUCCAUUACCUCAGUCUGUGAGAAAUUACAGAGGCAGUGCUUAACCAGGUUUGGCUUCCAUUCAAAGGAAAGGUGACAAAAGACUUAAAAAAAAUUCUUUAAUAUCUGAGUUUAUUUGUAACUAUACAAGUCCACUCCACCAAGAAAGAAAGUCCCCUACCACUAAAAUUCAUAAUCUGCAUGAUCUAACAAAAAUAUUGACACGGCUCCUAUGUUUGAAUCACUAAUAGUCCCUUGUGGUUAUAUUUACUGACAGAUUCUCAUUCUGUAUGUUGCAUAUUAAAUGAGAUUCUAAAUGUGUGUACAGUGAGUGUGAGGGAAUAGUUUACAUUAUUAUCUAAGUUGGUAUUUCCAUCUUUUUUCAGCGUAUCAACGCAUCUGGUAGGAGUGAUGGCAAUCAACACACCACAUUUCCAAUCUGGUCUUGAAUUCCACGCUAAAUUCCAUGCAAACAUGCCGGUUAAAUUUGAUGCCAAGAUAGACAUGAAAGAGGAAAUAUUUAAGUUUGAAAUGACCCCAGUCCAGACGCAGACAGAAUUAUUGGCUGUGAGGUACAGUAGCUAUAACUUAAUUGUGGCAAAUAGCAGUGAAUUGUACUGUUGCAAAAAUUAUAAAUAUAUGUUGGUUUCUUAAUGCAGUAAUACUUCUGGAAGUAUACAGGGUUGCUUUUUCUUUUUAAUUUGUCAUGUUUGCGGUGGUUUCUAAACAUGUAUUUACCUUUACAGGCAAUUUCUAUUACCGGUAUUUGGUGGCCCUGAUCUUGCAGUCCUUACCAAGGCAAUAAAGUAGAUGAGAAUUUUGCCUAAGUAAGGACUUCAGGGUCAGCCUCAAUAGACACUAAAGUGGCUACUACAGAUCAAAAUGCAAUUCUCACUACAGUGGAAUUCCAAGAGCAACAAAGGAUGUGCAACACAACAAUGUCUGGAGUGUGCUUUGGAAAGGUUGGCCAACUCUCUCCACCAGCAGAUUCCUGAAUCACACGCCUCAUUUGUGUCUCAGUUGUUCUCAGUAUCACCUCUGCCAUUCAUUCAAGUCAUGACAAACAUGAGAAUGACUGGACUGAAAAUUACAGCAACCUUAUAUUAUGUAUAUUUGGUUUAUUUCACUUACAUAUUGAGUGUUUUACACCUGUGCUUUCAGGACUAAAUUUUAUGCUGUGUCAAGGAAUGCGGAUGAACCAAAUUCACCUUUGAUGACCCCGGUUCCGCCAGACCUGAUUGGAUUUGAUGUUCUAGAACAAUGCUUUGGAUCAUCAAAAGUUAGGACCAAAAGGGUAAUGGAUAGUACAUUGCAAAUAUACACACAGCAGAUGAUCCAGGUCCUGCUGCUGAUUCGAGUUUAUUUAUAAAUUUCCAUACUUAUCCAAUAUGCUCAAUUAAAGAAUCAAAAUAUUUGUUUAUCCACUGAAAUAUUGUGAAGUAAAUAUAUACCGUUUCAGUAAUUCACAAUUGUAGCCUAUCUAUAUAAUAAAACUUCACCGAAUCUACUUUGUGGAAACGCGUUGGGGCACCCAGUUUACCUAUCUAUGCAUAUCCAGGCAUUAAGCUUUAACUAAUCUGGUGAAGUAAAUACAGUAUCAUAUAAAGGGGGGGGGGAAUUGCCUCAGAAUUUAUUUACUACUUUUUUCCCUGUCCAAUAUUUUAUCGGUUGUUGCUCUUUUUAACGCAGCAAAGAAGUGUCUUUGAUAUUGCAUCACGGGCAUUCAUUUAUGGCUUGAAAGAAGAGUUUCACCACAGUCAAAGAAACGCAAUGUGUUCACCCAGCUCAUAUAUCAAACUAUCUAGCUUAGGAUAUCAAACAUGUCUCACCAUGAAAGAGUGCAGCACUGCGUUCUUCAAAGAUGCAUACCUACACAAGUAUUUUGGGCAAUGCGAAGUCAGACUAGCUGUGAAACCAGGUACAGUUUCUAUUAGAAAUUUAUCAUUACUAAUCAAACUUGAAUACGCACACUAAUUUUGUGGUUCUCAACCCUUAUACUGAAUUGUAAACAAUUCCUAUACAAUAAUACUUUGCCUUUCUUGGGGGUCUCCCUCCAUACUCUGCAGAAGCCCCAACCCAUCACCUCAUGGCAGUCAAUUCUUUGCAAAAAGGAGAGCACCAAACAUUUGAUUAGAAAAAUACUUUCAUAAAUGCAGUUUCUCCUUAUCACUGAUGAAUAAAGUGCUGAGGAAUUAUAUGUCAUCUUAAAAGUGAACAAGAAGCCCCACUAAAAGGGGGAAAUCUCGCCAGCUUUGAUUUGUUUGGGCAGUGUGCACCCUAUGAAUCAAUGGGAAAUAUUUCCAGGCAAAUGUGUUUAGGUCUGGAGAAAGGUUUCAUUGCAGUUUCCAUGCGGUAGGUCAAUGGGUUCAUUAACAGUAAUCUACACCCACAAUAGGACGCGGGUGGCGCUGUGGGUAAAACGUCAGUGCCUAGGACUUGCCGGUCGUAUGGUCGGCAGUUCGAAUUCCAGCGGCGGGGUGAGCUCCCGUCGUUCGGUCCCAGCUCCUGCCCACCUAGCAGUUCGAAAGCACCCCUAAGUGCAAGUAGAUAAAUAGGUACCGCUUUAUAGCGGGAAGGUAAACAGCGUUUCCGUGCGCUGCGCUGGUGCAGGCUCGCCAGAGCAGCUUCGUCACGCUGGCCAUGUGACCCGGAAGUGUCUUCGGACAGCGCUGGCUCCCGGCCUCUUAAGCGAGAUAAGCACGCAACCCCAGAGUCGGUCACGACUGGCCUGUACAGGCAGGGGUACCUUUACCUUUACCUUACACCCACAAUGCUCACUAGUGUCAACUUUGAAGAGCCCUUGGGCAAGAUGCUCUCCAUUGGUCCUUCUCUCCACGAAUGGACCCAUCUCCAUCACUGCUAUCCAUUUGCUUGCCCUCCUUCUCUGGGCCCAGUGCAGUUAUUCAGAAGAAGGGGAGAAUCUAUUGACUCUGGUCAUUCUUUGCAUGUCUGGAGGGAGGAACAAGCAGCAGCUGCAUGUUAGGAGGAGGAGUAAGGCCUGGAAGCUCUGGAGGGCAGCAGUCGUCCCCCCCCCGGCACCCUGCACAGUUGUGGGCCAGUAAUCUCAGCGCUUGACACCCUACCUGAUGCUCCCCACAACUGAUGGUUGUCUACCUUUCAAUAGUUAUUGUUCUAACUCAUGCACGGAUUUUUUCGACAGAAGCGGCUAGAACCAAAAUACAGCUGGAGGUUCAAGCAGACUCUAAAUCGCAUUCAAACACAAUCCACCUGAGGCACACCGAGGAAGAUGAAGAUAAUGCAGAUAAUGAAUCCUCUUCUUAUGAAGACCAAAAGGCUAAGAGAAAGAAGUGGAAGAUUAAAGUGAAGAAAGAGGACGCUAAAACCAAGAAGAGUAAAGGAACCGAACUGGUUUGUAUGGCUUGAAAUGAAAAUGAAACAAAGGUGUGUGGAGGAGGGAGGGAAUGAAUGGAAAGAGGUGGUUGGGUGAGACUCGCAGAGGGAAAGCACCCAGUCUUACAACUAAGUGCUGGGCCGCUCAUCCAUAUUCAUAACUUGCAUGUGAAAAUGGGCUAUCACAAUGAAUGGGGGAACUUUUUCAGCACCUAUUCUGUAGUCUGCUCAGUUGUAGUUAGGCUAUAUAGUUCAUAUAUGUGAAAGUUAAAAUCGCUGCAUUAUUAAAUACACUUACUAGUUAGUGUACUAAAGCUUUCAUAGAUUAUGAACCUAUUUCAAAAUGUUUUUGGCUUAUUAACUAAUAUUCAGCCUACUACUUAAUACUGCUUUGUUUUUCAGCCCUUGUGCUGAUAAAAUUAGGACCUUUUAAAUGAUAUAACCUCAUUAAAUAUCUGAUCUUGCACAAUAGAAUUUCAUUGGAAAUGUUUUGUAAAACAGCAUAUUAUACCAGGAAGAUGUAUUUAAAUUCCAGUGUGCUGUUCAGUUUUGCUUGAACUGUGCAAUAAUGUUUGUGGUAAUGUUUCUGAAGUAAUCCCCCCCCCCCCAUUUACUUCUGACUUUAGCCCAAAUUCUUGAGACACAAUAAAGCAUCGGUGCUGGUUGCUGAUCUCCGUGCUAUCCAGAAUGAGAAGAAGGUCACCAUAUUUCACCUUGAGCUCCACGAUGAGUUACACACUUCCAGGCCUACAGUACAAGUCUUUGUGUCAGACUUAAAAGAAUCCAAAAGACCCAAGCUCUGUGCUGGUAUUUCCAUUCUUGAUCCUCAGAAGGCUGAGGUAAGAAACAACUAUAUAACCAAAAAUACUGUAUUUCCCCAACCAAGUCGUUCAGCAACAAUUACAAUAUUUAUCAGUAGUAGUGGGGCAGAGCUGCAGAACCACCUUACUCCUGGCACCAGUGUAUCUGCUGUUUAUGUAUUAUUAUUACUAUGUAUUAUUACUACUACUACUACUACUACUACACUCCAUGGCCCUGACUUUGCCACCACCUCUCCCCUGGGGAGAGGUGGUGGCAAAGUCAGGGCCAUGGAGUGUAGUAGUAGUAGUAGCAGUAAUAAUUAUUAAUAAUUUAUCAUUUAUACCCCACCCAUCUGGCUGGGUUUCCCCAGCCACUCUGGGCGGCUCCCAGCAGAAUAAUAAUAAUAAUAAUAAUGAGAUAAAAGAUGAAACAUUAAAAACUUCCCUAAACAGGUGUCAAAGGUUGAUUGGUGGGUGCUAGAGGAGAUAAGAGUCCAGGACUCCGGCCAGAUUUAUAGGAUUUAUUAGUUUCAUUCUCCUAUUUACACAGAGCUCUCAGAGCACAUCUGCAUCAUUCGGUGUCAGUUGCAGAGACUGCCUGUUCCUUUCAUUUUCUCCAGCAUAACCACUUCCGGAGCCCUCUCCCUUUUCUUCCUCUGGGACGUGAAGAGCUAGGCCCCAGAAAUUGCUCCCCCCUCCCUGAUUCAUUGCUUUCUGACAACUCUUCGUCACCCUCCACCUCCGAGGAAGUGCAACUACUAACGAUCGGAGGCUUAUCUCUAUAUUUCCCCAUCCUUUCCCCCUUCUCAGCCCCCCCGUUCCCUGACAACAGGGCUGCCACAGGCGUAAAGGAGUCAAAGCAAGAAAGAAGUUUAUUUCAGUUGUGGCCUGCUUCUUAACAGAUUUUCUUGGGUUGCCAUUUUGCUGGUCGCUUUUAUUUCAGGCAGUUGUUUGGAAGUUCUGCCUGAAAAGAUUCAUUGCAAAUGGUGGCAGAAAUGCCAUCUCAGUUGUUGCCUUGAGCUGCAAUGGAUGGAAAGUGUUACCUGACUUUCAGAGGCCACUAUGGUAUUUGGUUAAAAAAAAUUUUUAACCAAAAAAAAGACUGUAACCUAGAACUGCAUUUCCCAGUAAUGGUUAAGGAAACAGAAGAGUGCAGUGAUAUGCAAAUCAGUGUAGUAACUGCAGCGAUGUAGCUACUUUAAUUUUUAUAUCAGAGGCAUAAAAUCCACUACCUAUUUCUUCCCAGGGUUAUCUAAAAUGGGGCUGGGAUUGCCGAGACUACAAUAUUGCAACAAAGGUUGAAUAUGGAUGGUUUGCUGGUUAUCCAGCUAUGCAAAUCAAGGUGGAUUGGCUCAAAGUUCCUCCAAGACUAGAAGCUGCUGCAAGUGGGUGAGAAUUAAGUAAUUCAGAACUUCAAAUAUAUGUUUAAAUCUAUAUGUGGAAAUCAAUCUGAGCUACAUCUGCAGAGAACUACCAGCAAGGGAUGCCAUUAUGUGUGUGUUUCUUGCCCCAACAAAAUGAGUUAGAUUAAAAGCCUUAGUACUCUUCCUCUUCUCCUUCCAGUGAAGAUGCACAAGGUUGUUUCUAGUCUGAAACGGACAGAAUUUUAAGGCAGUCUACCAAAUGUGGAUUUAAUCCUUUCACUCCUUUUCCCUUUAGGCUAUCCACAUUUGUUCCUGAUAUGGCCUGUAGGCUUGGAUUGUCCCAAAGAGAACAGAAGAAUCCUUCACAGCAGACUUCUGUAGUCGUGGCUCUCACAUCUCCGAGAAGCUGUGCUUUUGUUCUGAAGCUACAUAAUGUAAAUUAUUUGCUUUGGGGUUUUCACAUUCCUUAAUAAUAACGCAGCAAUCCAAAGUGUACGUGUGGGGAUGGGGGGCGGGGAGUGAAGAUCUGUUGUGGAACUGCCAUGGCAUCCGGAACCCUGUGAGCUCACAAUGGCCAGGGCAGGAGGUGAGGGGUGGCUUUUGUAUGGUUGUUCCUGGCAAAUCUUUGCCGUUCUGAAUCCCACCACCCUAAAACAAUUGUUUAAAUAGUCAUUUAUAUCGCUCCAAUUAAUAAAUGACAGAUCAGCAAAUAAAACCAAGCUUCCCACAGAGGGAGUCAUGGAAUCAUGCUGCUCUCAAGAUAAAUUCCUCCACAAAUCUGCAGAUGGAAAGAAGGCUGCAUGUGCCAACCGCUCAUAUUGUACCAUAGGAAAGAAGGAACUAAUGCGAUAAGACUGUGCAAAUGAAGCAAAUGUGUUUAUUUUCCGUUAAUCUGUUCCAUUUUCCAAAGAGCGUGUAAGGCUUUGUCAAGAACUAAGCAAAUGAAAAGAGGAAAUGAAAUACAGAUGAAGGCUAAAAUCCUAUACUCGCUUACUUGGGAGAAAGUCCCCUUGAACCGAAUAAGACAUACUUCUGAGUCAGCAUGCCUAGGAUUGGGCUAUAUGCUUGGCACUAGGGCUGAGCCAAAACCAAGCAGGAGGUGACUUUCAUUAGCCAGUGUCUUAAUGGUAGAGCAUCUGCUUUGCAUUCGGAAGGCCCCAAUUUCAAUCUCUGGCACCUCCAGGCAGGGUGAAAAGUAUCAUCUUUCACCACCCAAAUGUCAUUUUUGUUCAGCCCUAGUUCUCUAACAGAUAUAUAUAUAAAGAUAUAUAGAUAUAUAUGUAUAAAGGUAAAGGGGACCCUGACCAUUAGGUCCAGUCGUGAACAACUCUGGGGUUGCACGCUCAUCUCGCUCUGUAGGCCGACAGAGCCAGCGUUUGUCUGCAGACAGCUUCCGGGUCAUGUGGCCAGCAUGACUAAGCCACUUCUGGCGAACCAAAGCAGCACACAGAAACGCCGUUUACCUUCCCGCCGGAGUGAUACCUAUUUGUCUACUUCCACAUGACAUGCUUUUGAACUGCUAGGUUGGCAGGAGCAGGGACCGAGCAAUGGGAGCUCACCCCGUCACGGGGAUUCGAACCGCCAACCUUCUGAUUGGCAAGUCCUAGGCUCUGUGGUUUAACCCACAGUGCCACCCGCGUCCCAAUAUAUAUAUAGGAUGUGGGAAUUUAGCAGGUGAAACAUUCGCCAUUGCUGCACCUGGUCUUAGUGUCUGGUGUUCUUGGGCAGCUGCUGAGGACCCAACACACUGACACAACUCACCAUGGACAUCUGCCUUGGAGCCCUUAAGAAACAAAACCCAUUUCCAGAUGGGCACUUUAGCCACCACCAGGCAGCUGGGUCUAGCUGCUAUUUAAAUUUCUUACCAUGCCCUGGAGUGUUGUGGCAUUCUGGGAAAUUUAAAUGGUGGCUGGAUCCAACUGCUCAGAGUGCUGCUGCCGACCCCUGUCACCAGACAGAGCCACCAUGAAGCACCAGCAGAGGAGAGGACCUUUCAGAGAGCAGUUAGCCCAGAGGUCUCUCAAACCUGGAACAGACACUGCCCAUUAACUGAGUGCAAUUGUUUUACUUAACAUAUUUCCAGUAUGACUUUCUAACCAUUUCUACCACCUGUGUUGCUUCCCCUUGCAAUAGAAACAUUAUGCAGGGCCUUUCUUUCAGCCAGAACUCACUGGAACUCUGUUGCGGCACCUCUCAGGUGGGCGCCAUUGCCAUUAUAAGACAACAAGGGAGGCGUUGGUGGUGAGUUCCGGCACAUCUUUUUCUCGAAAAAUAUAUUAUGUAUACAUCUUACCUUUUUUUUAGGUCACACUUUAUGACACAAACAUCUGGCUACCACUUCCACUCCCUGUAGCCCAACAUGCAGAAGAUUUAGCAAAGCAGUCCCACACCUGGAGUUUCAUCUCUAAUCUGCCAUCCUCAUUUGUGGAAAAUCUGAAAGGUUAGUAGGUUAGCCAGCGUCAUUUUGCUCUCCUGGUUCCAGCAAAAGUUGGUUUACACCAGGGCUACAAACCACAAAUCCUGGAAGAAUCUUAUCAGGUGGUUGAGAGAUCUCAUUUGGUCCUCAGCACACCUUCCAAACUCCAUGCCAGUUACUGAAUCACUUUCUGGGUUGAAAACUCAGUAAUAAAAUAUGCCAGAAGAGUAUCUCUUAUCAGAAUAUUAUUUCUAACCAUUUUAAGAUGCUUACUGAUAGUGUUUGCUUUUUAGGUCGUUGUUCAGUAUCACAAGAUACUAUCACAACUUUCAACAAUGUUAGCUUUCGCUAUAUAAUGCCUGCAAACUGCUACCAUGUCUUGGUCCAUGACUGUAGCCCGGAACUGAAAUUCCUGGUGAGGACAAUGAAAGCAGAACAGUCAACUGAUCUGAUAAUGGCCCGUAUCGACUUUGUCAAUCUGUAAGUAAAGCAUUAUAAGUUAGGGUUGCCAUAUUUCAGAAAGUGAAAAUCUGGACAAAAAAAUUGUUGACCUAUUUAUUUAUUUAUUUAUUUAUUUUAGGGGGAAAGGUUGUUUAGCUUUUUUGCAAAACCACCAGAAAUUUUUUUCCCCCGUCUACUUAUAAGAAAAUAGGCAAGAAGACCCACUUACGACAUGGGUUGCCGUACAUCCAGGUUUCCCUGGACAUUUAGAAUGGACAUAACAAAUUCCGCCCGGACACCAAUUUAGGGAUCAAAAUCCUGGCAAUGUCCAGGAUUUUCCAGACGUAUGGCUGCCCUACAAAAGUCAACCUGAUCAAACUAUGAGAAGCCAAAUAGUUAAUGAAUAUUGGUAAUAUGACUAGUAGAAAGACUAGUUAUACUGGUAAUCACACUAGAUUGAUACACUUUCCCCAACAAAUAUUUGAAUUUGUCAUACAAAAUAUUCUUAACCACCAGUGAUUGAUAACAAAGUAGAAUGUUCAUUGGUCCAAUGUGAACAAGUUGUCAAACAAGGUAUGCACUUGGUAUGUAUGAGAUAAAUGCAUCAUUGCCUUAAUUAAACCAGAUUUUUUCUGUUUAAAGGGAGGUUGACAUGUAUUCUUCAAAUGGACUUGCAAAGCUGAGGAUUAACGGUACUGAAUUUCCACCAGAGAAUCUCCCAUUCACUUCCAAUUCUAAAGGUAGCAUACCUUUUCUGACUUCUCCUGAAUUUGUACUUGAACUAUCUAUAGCAAAUUGUAAAGGGGCUUAUGUAUGCCAGUGGUUAGCAACUGAAAGGAUGACCUUAGAGUCAUGUACUAGGGCUUACCACUACCACAGCUAAACUAUCACAUGCCCACACAAUCCGGCACAAAUUUUUCAUCUGUCCCUCCCAUUGGCAACUUGGAGGAGAGCAGAUGGUUUCUCUCAAGGAGCCAGACUGGGCCCCUACUUUGGCAGGUGUUGAUCUCCAAUAUCUAUGGUCUGGUAUAUAUCUGGUUUUUCCUUUGGGACCAGUUGAUCGUGGAAUUAGGCCUAAACAUUAUUUUAUUUAUUCCGGUAACCUUUUAUAUUGCAAACACAGUAUAGAGUAAUUCUUACUUGCUGGGUAGCUUUCACAUAAGCAGCAGCAAGAUUUUAGCUCCACAUAUCUGAUGCUUUAAUUGAAACAGAGAGAAAUCAGUAAUGGUGACAAUUUGUACUGAGAUGUUACACCAGAGUUUUUAGGGGGAAGUAAUUCUGUUUUCUGGUUACAGGUGAUAUCCUUAUCACUCGUGAGAAGAAUGGCUUAUCACUAAAAGCUCCAGAAGUUGGCAUUGAAAAUCUCUUCUAUGAUGGACACACGCUUAUGGUAUACUUUUAUUUGCUAUCCUACCAAUGUCUUGGAUUUUUACAAACACAUAUGCAGCCAGAAGUGCAUUGACUUUUACCAUGUUCCUAUGCAGAUUCAAGUACCUUUAUCAAUGAUUGGGAAAACCUGUGGAAUGUGUGGAAGAUACGAUGCUGAAUAUGAACAGGAAUAUAAGAUGCCCAGUGGAUAUGAAGCCAAAAAUGCUGUGAGCUUUGCUCAGUCUUGGAUUCUUCCAUCAGAAUCCUGUACCAAAGGUUAGGCAAUUAUCUAUUAAUAUGUGAAUAUCUUGGCACUGAUGCACAUAUUUUCUUUUUCACAACCUUUUAACAGAAUACAGUUCGGGGGGGGGGGCACCAAAAAGGGAACCAGAAAUUUCCAUGACUGUAGCUAAUUUCCAAAUCAUGGUUCCAUCCACCCCUUCACAAAAUUUUUAGGAACUCAGGAUGACCACUUUACUAAUCACCAAAGCCAACAUGUGCUUUUAAAGAUAUAUAGCAGCAGCAGAAAAAUAUGAACAACCUUCAACUCUGGGAAGUAUGUGUCUUCUAAAAUUGCAUACUUCACACAUUAUGGCUUUCUCUCAUGCAUUGCAUUGAUGUAGUCAGGUAGUUGGGCUUCCCAUUGCAGAACACUGGUUGAGUCCCACUCUUUAGUAUAGCUCAUAAUCCCUGCUCAAUUUAAGCAGACACCUUUCCCCAUUCUGUCUUCAUGUCAGGCUGCAACACAUUUUGCACAAACAAAACAGAAUAACCCACCCACACAGGCAAGUUAUCAAUUUCCCAUGUUUUCAUAAUUUAUUUUGUAAUGCGAGAUUUCCAGCUGCAGUUUGGAAGCUUUAGCAAAAAUCAGGUUUCUGAAAACAGUCCAGGCUAUAAUUUAGAUAUAGUUUAAACUCCAUGUAUUUUCUCAUUGUGGCUUGCCUAAAUGUUCACAUACAAAUGUUUCAAGAUAUGAGAAAGCAACUUGCAGCUGAACAUGACAUCUUGACAUAGCAUAAGUAUGUGAAGCAGUAUUUUAAUCCUUAUUCCAUGCGGAGGGAGAAAUAGUAUCCAUCAAUAUUACCCAGAAUAUGUCGCCUUUAAGAUACAGUUUGCUUGGGCUUUAGUUUGACUACCUUAUUUCAUGAGCCUGUGAAGACUGACAUGAUUCUAUUCCUGGGAGUCUCAGAAAUAUACUUGUAACAGGUUGCACCCUUUCCUGUUCCAGGUGUUUGGAGGGGAUAGGUAAAAGUCUGUAGCUACUGUUGAUUAGUCCUGGGCAGGUAAGCUCCUCAAUCCCCUUACAUCAGAGGACUAAGGAAAUAGGAAGAGGCACCUGGGUCAGGACUAAGGAUGGGAGGAUAGAUUUCUUCAAGAACCAUUUUUUUCUUCGCAGUUAAAUGAAUAUAUAUAUAUAUAUAUAUAUAUAUGGGUUUGAAAGUGGAAAUAAAUAAGUAAAUAAAAACCACCCUCUCACACUAAAGCAUAUUAAAACAGAGAGCUAUGUAUUACAGUACAGAAUGCAGUCCACUGGGGUUGAUCAAGUGAAGUCUCACUGAAGUUAUUUUGCUCUUGAAAUGAUGCCCAGAAAUUUAUCGUUCAUUACUUUGGCUGCAAGCUAUGUCCAUUGUACUCCAGUUUGUUGUAGAUCCAGUGAUAAAUCUUUGAGAGAAAUCUUUAUCAGUGUUCUGCUCAAUAAGUAGAGUUCUAAAUGCGUAGUCUUUUUAAACAGUCACAUGGUGAAAUUGAAUUAACAGGAAAAGUUUCAAAUAGCAAAACUGUAUCACAUCCCAUUUUUGUUCCAGAAUCUGCUACCAUUCCACGGGGAAGAGCAAAUAGGUAUUGACCGGAAGCUCAAGGAUAUCAAAAUUGUAACUGAGAUUCAGGCAGCAUGUUCCUGUGAAUACCUGCAAUGCACAGCUUGAUGUUAUUUGGCAGAAGAUUAGAGCUUCAAAUGGUUUCCAUUCCAAGGCCAAUAUAUUUAAUGGACAGAGCAAUGGAAUUAUUUCAAACAGGAAAAGUAGCAUCGCUUUCUCCUUUGAAGAACAAUGCAUUUCUACCAUAAUACUAUC